AUGGAAAGUGGUGAUGAAAAUAUAGAGCAAGGGAAGUCAAGGCGUGUAUGGACCAGCUUUGAAGAAGAAUCUUUGUUGAAUGUUCUUGACGGAAUUAUUGCUGGAGGACAACGCUGCGACAGUGGAAGUUUCAAAUCUGGUACUUUACUGAAAAUCGAGAAUGCUUUAAAUCUUUUAUGUCCCAAUUCCAAUCUGAAGGCAAGUCCACAUAUUGAGUCAAAGUUGAAGAAACUGAAGAAAGAUUAUAGCAUAAUCUAUGACAUGAUGAACAAGAGUGGAUUUGCAUGGAAUGAUAUCAAAAAGUGCAUUGAAGUUGAUAGUAAUGAAGUAUGGGAUACGUAUUUGCAGCACAACAAAAAGGCAAAGGGAUGGAGAAACAAGAAGUAUCCAUUAUUUGAUAGACUAGCUACAAUCUUUGGGAGUGACCGUGCGACUGGAAUUGGAGCUGAGGUCCCUGCUGAUAUGAUGGAGGAGCAGAGCAACAAUGAAGAUGGCAUUGAAGUUGAGAAUGACACAAGCCCCAUGUCAAUGAGCACUCUCAGAAUGCAAGCAGUGACUGAUGCUAUAGUGAAAGGUAAUGAAGAUCGAUCUGAUAUUGCUAAGGAACUUAAGAAAAUGGGACUUUCUGUUAUAGACCAAAUUGAGGCAUUGAAAAUCAUUUUGGAUAAGCCCCAAAAUAUAUCUGUGUUCAUGUCCUUAGAUGAUGAAGUGAGAAAAGUGUAUGUGGAUAACUUGCUUGCGGGCACUGCUAGAGGAUCUACCUAA